AUGUCGUUCAAGUUUUGCCCUGGAAAUGCAGAAAACCUAGAAAAGUACGAGGCAGGUGGCUUCCAUCCUGUCCAAAUUGGUGAUACGUUCGAUCACGGCCAUUACAAGAUUGAGCACAAGCUUGGCUACGGUGGCUUCUCGACUGUGUGGCUCGCUAAAGAUACACGACUACAUCGAUAUGUUGCUAUCAAGUUCCUGACUGCGGACAGCUCCAAAAACCUGCGAGAAAACGUGGUGCGGGAUUUCCUUUUGAGCGACUCGACCCGUGAAAACGAUCUCGCAAUAUCGAAAGUCCUUCAACACUUCCAGCACGAAGGACCUAACGGACUACACACGUGUCUCGUCUUCGAUGUGUAUGGGCCGAACCUCCAUAUUCUCAGGGACAACUUGAUCAAGUUCCGACCUGACAUUGUGCGUAAACUCAAUUCUGAAAUCGCGACGACUCUUGCAGUGGUACACAUGAAAGAUAUCGCUUUCGGGGACCUCAGUCUGCACAACAUAUUACUGGGGUUGCAGGACAUCUCAGGUUGGUCAGUAGACAAAGUGUACGAAAAACUUGGCGAGCCGCGUGCUCGUGAAGUUGUACCUUGGGAACCAUAUGACUCAGACGAGGAUGAAGACAACGAGAACGACGAUAACAACGAGAACGAGGACGACGACAGUGACGGUAAUGGUUCGAGCCAGCUUGAGGGCGGUAGUCAAGACCAAGUUGAGGAGAACAAUUCUGACCAGCUGAAAGAGGAUUUGUACAUUCAUGCGCCGAGAAACUAUUAUCUCAAUGUCCUUUGGCACAAGACAGACCUCAACCUCAUGAAGCCAGAGGUUGUUCUGACGGAUCUUAACGAAGCCACUUUUGUUGGCAGCUCGAUGCCAUUGUCCAUGGUAGAAGAUGAAGGGUGCGGUUUCAACCAGGAGUACAUGUCGCCAGAGUUGGCUUUCGGAGUGGCCAACAAACACACCAAAGCCAGUGAUAUUUGGGCUCUUGGCGUCAUCUUCUACGAGAUGCGAGCAGCCCGCGCUCUGUUUGAGACUUCUUACAGCGGCAUACAACACCAGAUGCAGGAUCUCCUGGGUGAAGCACCCGCUGAGUGGAGAGCUCGAAUUGAAGCGGACACACCGGAAGCAGAUCUGAUCGUCCCAGCUGAAUCCAUUGACACAGAUGACAGGCUCCAGCAGAAGAUCAACAGGAUUGGGGACUGGUUACCUUGGAUUACCAUGACCCCUAUAGACCGACGACAGCUAUUCAUUGCGGCAUUCGACGAAGAUAACGUUGAUGAUGAGGGACAUAUGAUAGCCAAGACCAUCAACAAACCAGACCCGCCACCUCCAGCAAGACUCUCACCUGAAGAAGCUGCAGAUUUCACUGACCUGCUAUCGAAAAUGCUUGUCUGGGAGCCGGAGGAUCGCAUUACCAUUGAGGAAGUCCUCCAGCAUCCGUGGCUCAACAAGUCAUAUGGUCCCAUCGAUGAGACAGAACCAUGGAUUUCGCAUUACCAUCCUGGUUGGGAACUGCAACCACAAGACGAUGUCGACAUGACUGGCUAUCGUCCAUUGAACUACGACUCUGAUGUGGAGGAGCCAAUAGAUCGCACAGAAAACACAGACGACAUUGUAAGCAACGAUGAUGACGAAGCUGACCAUAAGGUCGAUGCAGACGACUCCGCAGGGUCCACUGACACGGUGAAGGAGCACUUCCACGACACGGUCAGCUGCCACAAAUCGGAGACAGAAGGGACUGAGCCUGCAGCUGAACACAAGGAGGCAAAGAAAGUCACCUUUGCACUGGAAGAGCCCGAGGCUCAAGAGAACCAGGCAGACGCAGAGGUAGAGCAAGAGUCGACUACAACGAGCAUGUGGGCAUGGUUGACGGAGUUGUGGCGAUAUGUAUAG